AUGUGGCCAAGGACUGAUAGUUUGGACACUGAGCCUCCUGUUUUCAAAGAACACAAGGGCAGAGCACAGACUAAGAGGAGAAAGGGCCAAUUUGAGAAGCCAGCACCCAAAGACACUUCAAGGAUGGCCUCAAUUACCUGCUCCAACUGUAAGAAGGUGGGCCAUAGGUACACCAAUUGCCAUGAUGCUCUCAAGCCUGCACUUGGUAUGACAACGAACAAACAUCAGCCAGGCACCAGCUCUUACCCAACUGAUAGUAGAAGUACACCAGCACCUGCAAGGACUACAACCUCUGCUGCUGCCACUGCUGGUGGAUCAUCAAGGAGGGCAACAUCUGCUACGAGUAGACCAGCUCCAGCAAGGAGGGCAACACCUGCUGCUGCAUCAGGUGCUGCUACUAAUACCACACCAGCUAGGAGGCCAACUAGAUCAGCUGCUGCUAGUGCACCAGCUGCUCCCAAGGGUAAGGCAGCAGCCAGUAAAUCUUCAUCAGCUGCUCCCAAGAGUAAGGCACCAGCUGCUACCAAGGGUAAGGCACCAGCAAUCAGAUCUUCAUCAGCUGCUGCAAAGGGACCAAGGUUAGCUUUCAUGCCUCCAAUACCAACCGAUGGUUCUCAGAGAGUUAGGAGGCCCAGCAACAGAAUGAAGGGAUACUUGACUGCCUCUGGUGCAGAAUGGUGA